UCUUUUCUGCUUAUGACAACAUAAUACCGGAUGAGUUCUCACCCUGCAACUACACCAAUGUAAUGGCUUUCAGCCAAGUCUUCCUCCCUUCCCUCUACAGCGUCGUAUUCAUUGUGGGGUUAAUUGGCAAUGGCCUAGUGGUCUGUGUCCUGGUCAAGUAUCACAAAGGGUCCAACAUGUCAGAUCUGUGCCUCUUUAACCUGGCACUUUCUGACCUCCUCUUCCUUAUCUCAUUGCCCUUCUGGGCCCACUACGCUGCCAUCAGUAAGUGGACCUUAGGGAGCUUCAUGUGCCAUGCAGUGACAGCGCUCUACAUGCUGGGAUUCUAUGGAAGUAUCUUCUUCAUGGUCCUAAUGACCAUAGACCGCUACGCUGUCAUUGUCCACACUUAUAACUCCCUCUUCUCCAAGUACCGGUCUGUCAGAACUACUAUAGUGCUGUCUUUGUUUAUGUGGACACUCAGCUUGGGAGCUUCUCUGCCAGCAAUCAUUUUCUCCCAAGUGAAGAAUGAAUCAGAUGGAUGGACAUGUAAAGUGGAAUAUCCCGAAGGGACAGCUUGGAAAUCAUUCUCAUACAUUGAACUGAACUUUCUUGGUUUGAUCAUUCCUCUCUCAGUGAUGGUGUUCUGCUACUCACGCAUCAUCCCCAUCUUAAUGACCAUGAAGUCUCAGAAGAAACACAAAGCUGUCAAACUUGUGCUGGUGUUGGUCAUUGUUUUCUUCCUCUUCUGGACCCCCUACAACAUCGUCAUCUUCCUGAAGUUCCUGCAUCACUUGGGCUACAUGAACAGCUGUCAGAGGGAUCAAGACCUGAACAUGGCUAUGCAGUGGGUGGAAACCAUAGCGUUCAGUCACUGCUGCCUCAACCCCAUAAUCUACGCCUUUGUGGGGCAGAAAUUCAGGAAUUUAUUUCUAAAGAUCCUGAAGGAGUGGUUUCCUCUUUGCUUUGGCCAGGGUACAACAGUUGAAAGUGAGGUCUCAGAAAGGAUGACCACUAUGCACUCCUAAGGAACAUCAUGCACAAUGACAAAAUAAAAAAUUGUAACCGUUAUCACAUAUUAUCACGAAAGUCUAUUUCAAUUUGUAAAAAGUCCAUAAUUCCAUAAUACUGUUGUUAGACAUCCCCUUUUCAGAGAGGGUGAUGGUCAUUUGUUGUUAAUGUUUUACCUUUUUUUUAAUGGCAUUUUUGUUGCUUUGUUCUCCAUUCUGAAGUAAUGGUGCUUGUAUUGUUAACAGCAAGCAAUGAGCAGAAUUUGAAGUAUAAUUUACUGAGAAUAUGUAAUCACAUCGUAUUAACUACUAAAAAUCUCUUUUAGACUGCUUUGUAUUUUUUAUCAUAUUAUUUGCACAGUGUAACUGAUGCAUAGUGAAGUUGCUGUUACUACCCUACGAUUAUUAUUUUCUGAUAUUGUUAUUGGAAAAUAAUCAAAUUUGUGUGCUUGGUAAGAGAGAACAACGAUGCAUUAUGUAAUUGAAAGAAAAACACUUUAGGGCAUGCUUUAUUUUGAGUGUUGUCAAGUUUUCAUAUGUUUUUACACACACAUUUUUGAUGUUUUGACUUCCCAAUCUGAGUCAGACAGUCUACCCAAUGUCAUAUUUCCCAGGAAAGAGAAGUCAUUCCUCAACUCAUCUAAUAUAUUACAGGGUUAGACAGGUUAAGGUGAGUAGAUGAGUGUUUAUAUUUGUAAAAAUCUGGUACGACUGAAAGCAUCUGUGCCUUCUUUGUGAUAAAACUUUCAAUUAGAUGGGCAUGUAUUAACAAAGAAUGACAGAGUUUCUAGGUUGCUUUUCUUAUUAUAUGAUCACAUCACUGUAUCACAAAGAUAUUUAAUACUAUUAUCAUUAUAUUUUGGCACAUGCAAAUACACAGUGAGGCUUUCACAAUACCAGCCCAUUUAAUCAGCCUGCACAAUCACACUCUUUGGUUUAGUUUCUUUUUUCCUGCAGGAUCCCAGUGAAAACAAUAUGUAGGCAGUCACAGCAACUACAUUUUCCAAAAACUCUUCUA